GGAGGCCCAUAUGGUCCAAAGCGAUUGGCCAGUUCGAAUUGCGUGUUGGAAUCUGAUUGGACGAUCCGGAACUCUUGUUGUAGAACCACGUUCAGUGUGUUUUACCAUUUGGCCGGCUACUGUCAGACUGUGUGGAACGUAUUUUCAAAAAAACAAAAAACGACCCUUUUGUCGUUUUGAAACUCGAUUUUCGGGAUUCUUUUCCAUCCUUAGUCUCGGUUGAAAAAACCGUAGGAAAAGAAAAAAUAAUGGGUUCGCAUAGAACGAGAGACGUGUUCGCUUUGGCACUCGGCCUCCUCGUCCUUGUCGCGGCUGCCAGGGCUGAUGAUCCGGCCGGCGAUGGGAACACGGUCGCAGAAGACCUGGGAGAAAGCAGGGACGCCUCAAAGACCGAUGACUGGGCGGUCAAGAGGGAGGAGGAGGCGAUCAAAGUCGACAGUCUGAAUGUCGCACAGAUGAAAGAAAUGAGAGAAAAGGCUGAAAAAUUUGUUUUCCAGGCCGAGGUUAACCGUAUGAUGAAGCUGAUCAUCAACUCGCUUUACAGGAACAAAGAGAUCUUUUUAAGAGAGUUGAUUUCCAAUGCUUCAGAUGCUCUGGACAAGAUACGACUUCUGUCGUUGACUGAACCGAACGUCUUGCAGCCAACGAACGAACUCUCGAUCAAAAUCAUGGCCGAUAAAGAGAACAAGAUGCUCCAUAUCACGGACACCGGGAUCGGCAUGACGAAACAGGACCUCGUGAACAACCUUGGGACAAUCGCAAAAUCCGGCACCGCCGAGUUCCUCAACAGGAUCCAAGAGGGCGGCACGUCGAACCAAGACACGUUGGAUAUGAUCGGGCAGUUUGGCGUUGGCUUUUAUUCCAGUUUUCUUGUUGCCGAUACGGUUAUGGUGACCACAAAGCAUGUUGAUGAUGUGCAGUACAUCUGGGAGUCGGACGCAACCAAUUUUUCAAUCGGCGAAGACCCAAGAGGCAACACACUCAAGCGAGGAACAAGGAUAAGUUUGAAGUUGAAAGACGAAGCCGCUGACUACCUCGACGUUCAGGUGCUCAGGGACCUGAUCAAGAAGUACUCACAGUUCAUCAAUUUCCCGAUUUUCCUCUGGGCCGAGAAAAAGGUCAAGGUCGAAGAGCCAGUCGAGGAAAAGGAGCCGGUGAAGGAGGAAAAGGACGAGGACGAAGACAGCGACGAUGUCGAGAUUGAAGAGGAGAAGGAGGACGAGAAGAAGACGAAGACGGUUGAGAAAACGGUCUGGGACUGGGAGAAGCAGAAUGACAACAAACCCCUUUGGACACGAAAGCCGUCAGAUGUUGAAGAUGAUGAGUACAAACAGUUCUACAAGGCGUUGACCAAAGACAAGGCAGACCCGCUCACUUACACGCACUUCGUCGCUGAGGGCGAGGUGUCUUUCAAAGGCUUACUUUUCGUACCGGCUACGCAGCCAAGCGACAGCUUCAAUAAAUAUGGCACAGCUACGGACCACAUCAAGCUUUUUGUAAGGAGAGUCUUCAUCACGGACGAGUUCAAUGACAUGCUCCCCAAGUACCUUGCAUUCCUUCAGGGCGUCGUCGACUCGGAUGACCUCCCACUCAAUGUGAGCCGAGAGACCCUCCAGCAGCACAAGCUGCUCAAGGUGAUUAAGAAGAAACUCGUGCGAAAGGCGCUCGACAUGAUCAAGAAGCUGAGCAAAGAGGACAUGGACAAGUUCUGGAAAGAGUACUCGACCAACGUGAAACUCGGUAUCAUCGAAGACCCGGCGAACAGAACGAGACUUGCAAAACUGCUCAUGUUCUUCUCGUCAAGGGGCAACGAGCUGACAUCGCUCACCGAUUACGUGGCGAGGAUGAAGCCGAAACAGGAGCACAUCUACUACAUAGCCGGUGCUUCAAAGCAGGAGGUACAGAAAUCACCCUUCGUCGAAAGGCUACUGAAAAAGGGCUACGAGGUUGUCUACCUGGUCGAGGCUGUGGACGAGUACGCCAUAUCAUCUUUGCCCGAGUUUGAAGGAAAGAAGUUCCAGAAUGUUGCAAAAGAGGGCCUCUAUAUCCCUGAAGACGAGUCCGUACUCGACGCCGCCAAGGAGAAAUUCGAGCCUCUCAUCAAAUGGCUUCAGGACGAUGUACUCAAGGACAAGAUCUCGAAGGCGACCGUUUCUAUCCGUCUCACCAACUCACCGUGUGCCCUCGUCGCAUCCGUUUUCGGCUGGUCUGGCAACAUGGAAAGGCUCGCGAUAUCCAACGCUCACCAGAAGUCAGACGGCACUGAGCGCAGCUACUACCUGAACCAGAGGAAGGCGAUGGAGAUCAACCCGGGCCACCCAAUUGUUAAGAGGCUCCUCGCCCUCGUUGAGGAGAACCCGACCGACCCCGUCGCCAAAGAUACGGCUGAGCUACUUUUCAAGACUGCUACACUACGAUCUGGCUACAUGCUCCAGGACACGGCCAGUUUUGCCGACAGCGUCGAGUCGCUUGUGAAGCAGACACUUGGGAUAUCUCCUGAUGAGAAGGUUGAAGAGUUCGAAGAGCCGGCGGCCGAGGAGGACGCAGCCGAGGAGUCGGCCGACACGGAUCACGACGAGCUGUAAACCGUUGUCGCGGGUAUUAAUUUAUCCAAAUUGUUUAAAAACAACAAAAAAAGAAAACAAUAAGGCUGAAUUUUUUUUCCACCCGAAACACGCCUCAAGGAAAGAGAAUAAAAGUGUGUGAGGUUGUUUGUUAGUUUUUUUUUGUUUUUGCAAAAUUGUGAUGAGAAAAUUAUUCAUUUUUUGUAUGUUUAAUUCUCGUGGUGCAAACAGUACGCCGGACUUGUAUGUACAAACCACCUCCCUUCCACAUCUGUUUGUUCAUACUAGUUUUCUUUUUUUUAUAUUUUAUAAAAUAUAGUCAUCAACAAAAUGUCUGGUGUAAAAACAA